AUGGUCACCCUCCAGAGAGAACCCAAACCCACGACACACUGGCAACUUAACGAAACCCUACUUGAUGACCCCAGAGUUCUAGACGACCUGCGACAGACGGCAGGAAACUAUUUCUUAGAGAAUGGGAAUACUGAGGUAUCAGACCCCUGGGUGUGGGAAGCCCAUAAAGGAGUUAUCAGAGGCACUCUUAUCAAAUGGGGCUCUAGAAUCAAGAAAGAACGGACCCUCAAAAUGGACUCUCUCAUAGCAGACAUGCACUUAGCCGAGACCACACACAAACAAGAUCCCACAAAUGAUAACUUCCAGAAGCUAACAGCCCUACGCAUAGAAUUAAGAUCGCUACUAACCGCAAAGGCAUAUAGAUCCACUCAACUGACAAGGAGCACCUUUUAUGCUCAUGGUAACAAGAGUGGGAAACUACUAGCUAGAGCCUUGAAAGCCAAACGGCAGAGAUCGUUCAUAGACAAAAUAUCGGAUGACACAGGUAGGCAACACAACACUACAGAAGAUAUAGCCAAGGCGUUCAACGCUUUCUACACAAACCUUUAUAACCUAUCCCCCCCAAAAACACAGAACCACAACCUGAGGGAAUACAUCUCGGCAAACCUGCCACGCAAGAUCCCAGAUGACCAAAUACACACAUUAGAUGAACCAUUCACACAAACGGAACUACUCGCCACGAUUAAG